ACCCAAGCACGGCAGCCGAUAAUAACGAGAAGAGAACAGAAAAACACACACGCACAGAGAGGAUGCUGAGUCUAGUGUUGGGUGUGGUAUCUUCAAUCACGAUCCUCACGAUCCUCGUGAAAUUUGUCGUUGCAGAUGGGGAUCUUACCUUAACGUCAAAAAGGCGUGCAAAGCGCGAAGAAGUCGAAGAUAAGGUUGUUUGGAUUACUGGCGCCAGCAAAGGAAUUGGAGAGGUUCUUGCAAAACAAUUUGCAAGUUUAGGGGCCAAGCUUAUACUUUCUGCACGAAAUGAAGCUGAACUGGAGAGAGUCAAAACACAGCUUGUUGGUAAAAAUGCACCUGAUGGAGUGAAAAUUUUACCUUUGGAUUUGGCAUCUGGUGAAGAGGCUCUGAGGGAAGCUGUACAGAAAGUGGAGUCCUUUUUUUCUGGUGCUGGUGUUGAUUAUAUGGUGCAUAAUGCAGCCUAUGAACGUCCUAAAACAGGAGUUCUUGAUGUAACCGAAGAAGGUCUGAAGGCUACAUUCGAUGUAAAUGUUCUGGGAACAAUAUCUCUCACACGGCUGUUGGCACCUUCAAUGUUGAGGCGAGGGAAGGGUCAUUUUGUUGUGAUGAGCAGUGCUGCAGGAAAAGUGCCUACACCAGGUCAGGCUGUAUACUCAGCUUCUAAGCAUGCUCUACAUGGAUAUUUUCAUUCUUUCCGUUCUGAGCUCCUACAGAAAGGGAUUAAGGUGACAGUUGUAUGUCCUGGACCAAUAGAGACAUCAAAUGGCACUGGAGCAAGCACUUCCGGAGAGAAGGGAUCCCCUGAGAAGCGUUUGUCAUCAGAAAGGUGUGCAGAGCUGACAAUCAUUGCGGCAACACAUGGGCUAAAGGAGGCUUGGAUCUCGAAUCAGCCUGUACUUGCUGUCAUGUAUUUGGUGCAGUACAUGCCUACCAUUGGAUUCUGGCUUAUGGACAAGGUAUGAGACUUUGAAACAUGAAUCAUGUCA